AUGUCGAUGCGAUUCGAACAGAUGAGGUUGGCCCUCAAUGCAGGGCGUCGGCAUUUCUUGAGCUCAUAUCAAGUCCCCAGAAGCCUCGGCCGCGCCAAUAGAUGGUAUGCGACACAGAACCCGGCCAAGCGUGGGCCACCUUUGGCGUACACUUGGCUCACCGAGGCAGCAGAAGAGACAACUCCGGAUGAUAUCUUGUCCAGCCUGCCUUCGGGCCCUAUGAGCCUUACCGCCGCGCCCGCCUCCGUGCCUAUCCUCCUCGUUACCCCAAGCUUUGCCCCCUGGCUUGAUCCUGCUAGUCCGUUCUUGUCACGUUUUCUCAAUCGCCUUUAUGGAAACUCCACAGGGAAUGAAUCUCUCUGCGCCGUCGCAGCCGUGGUGGACGCACUCCCCAACACGGGACCCGAAAGCUCCAUUUCAAGCGAGUCGGAAGGACUGGCUGUUUUAGUCGUCGAAGAAUCAGCUGUUCGAGCAAAGGGCACACCGCCUCGUCUGAUCAGAAGCUCUGCCAGCGAGGAGACCAAUCUCUUGUUCUCAGUCCAGCCUCAAGAGAUUGGUCAAACCAGCAAAGGACCCUCGCACGAGAUCGGAUUACGCCUUGCCAAUACUAUAUUUGUCAAUGGGAGAGAUACAACUCUUCUCGGUACACGCUGGCUUUGGAAUCAAACCAUCAACGGCUAUGAAUUGGACGAGUCCCAUGACCUUACAAGCUGCAUGGUCACGGCGACUUCUCAGGCGGUGGAUACCGCACUGGAGUUGCCAUUGCACCCAGUGACUGAACGACGAAGGGUCAUGACUAGUAUGGGAAACAUUCUACGGCAGCUGGCAAAAUCUACGGAUGCGACAUCGACAGAAACAAUCCCUGCCUCGUCAGAACUUGAGAAAGAGCUCCCUCGCUAUAUCGCAGAACAUAAUAUCAUGGACCAGCGUGUCUCUGUAUGGGCGCUGGUCGAGAGCCCUGAUUCGGAAGUAGCUGAUCCAGGCUCAUCUACCCAUGACCGCCUACUCCAAUCCUUGCAACAAGGUGGGAAACUGCACCGCGUCAUGAGCGGUGGAGGUGGAUGGGGAAAGAAGCAGGGUCUUCUUUCAUUGGAUCCCGAGAUCAGCUUCUCAGGGACAGCCAAUGCAAAUGAACUGGUUGCAUUCACCCAGGUUUUCGAUCCUGAUACUGCACACGUGGAUACACUUCCUCACAUUGACAAUGGGAUCACUGUAGAUGACCUGUCUCUUCUUUCACAGGUGGCUGCCGCGGGCGACUAUAUCCAGUUCUUUGUGUCGGUAGAACCGAGUGUCACGGAGACCAAAGUCUCGGGCGAACUUGACUCACAGGAGGACGCUGUCAGCUAUCACUUUGGAAUGGUUGCGGACUCCAUGAGCCAUGUAACACACAACUCGGAUGAGGACGGCAAUUCAAUCGUGUCUCUACCUCGCACCUUUGGAGCAUUGUCCGAGAAGGCCAUUGCCUACUCACAACCGAUGAAAAGAAAAAUGGCGUCAAAUUCCUGCACGAAACUGGAUAUACCAGGAUGCCGAGUCGUUCUCAAGACUAUGUAA